AAGAGUUUAGGUGCCACAUUCUUCUCGAAUCACCCCCUUCUAUUUUACUAAACCAAAUUAGUGACCCUCAAGCGGCAGGGAGUCCUAUCCUCCAUGGCAGCUUCCAAGCAACAGGCUUUCUGGAACCACCCAGCUGGCCCCAAAACCAUUCACUUUUGGGCUCCAACUGCUAAAUGGGUGAUCAGCAUAGCAAACAUUGCUGACUUCUCAAAGCCUUCUGAAAUCAUAUCUUAUCCUCAGCAAACAGCGGUUACAUUCACCGGACUUAUUUGGUCACGCUACAGCUUGGUGAUUACGCCGGCAUGGUUGGUUUCCAGCUUUGAAGAUAUUAGACUCGAACAUGGAUUUAAGGUUCUUUUGUAACUGUUCAAAGUGUUCUGUUCUGUAGUCUUGUUCUGCAAUACCGAACUCUGGUCCUGGUUGGUGUGUUUAUUGCUUCAAUGAGAUGGGGUAAAUAUGCAUGGAUCAGUUAUUUGAAUGUAUCUCCUCCCAAAUAAACCACACCACCUAUUCAUCAUAUUGUAGGUAAAGAUAACAAGUUAUAUGUCUAUGUAGAGGUAGUCAAGGAGGGAGAGAACUGUGACUAGAAAAAGGGUCUAUUGGCAAGUGUCAGCCUUUCUUUUGUGGUGAUAAAAUAUGACUACUUCAUCUUAUCAUCUUAGCUAGAGAUAACUCUGUAAUGGGAAAAUGUUACGGUUACA